AUGGCGUCGCGCGUCGAUCGCGCGGGCGUGGACGCGGUGUGGCGCCGAGCGAUGAAUCGGCGUCGAGGCGAACGGGCGACGGAUUCGGACGCCUCGACGGACGACGCGUCGACGUCGGACCGCGCGCUUCGGCGCGCGCUGUCGAGGGUCGAUAUCCUGUUCCUCGGCGUCGGUGGGAUCGUCGGCGCGGGGGUGUUCGUGCUCACGGGGGAGGUGGCGUCGCGACGCGCGGGCCCGGGCGUGGCGGCGUCGUACGCGUUGGCGGCGAUGACGAGCGCGAUCACGGGAUUGGCCUACGCCGAGUUCGCGACGAUGAUGCCCGAGGCUGGGUCGUCGUACUCGUACGCGUACGCGGCGUUCGGGGAGUUUGGGGGGGUGAUCACGGGGGGGAAUUUGGUAUUGGAGUUGCUCAUCGCGAGCGCCGCCAUCGCGCGCGGAUGGACGUCGUACGCGGCGGCGCUGGUGGGUGCGAGCGCGGAGGCGGUGCGGUUGAACGUCAUCGAGGGCGUCGUCGUCGUGGACGUCGUCGCGGGAUUGGUCGUGGGCGCGAUGACGGCGCUGCUCGUCGCGGGGGCGAAGGAAACGGCGAGGUUCAACUUUGCCGUCACGUGCGCGAGCCUACUCGUCAUCGCCCUCGUCGUCGUCGCGGGGUCGACCAAAAUCGACGUCGCGAAUUGGAGCCCGUUCGCACCGUACGGCGUGGGUGGGAUCAUCUCGGGCGCGGCGGUGGUGAUUUUUUCAUUCGUCGGUUUCGACACCGUGGCGACGUGCGCCGAGGAAGUCGCCGAUCCGAGCGUGGACCUGCCGAUCGGCAUCUUAGGUUCGCUCGGGAUAUGCGCGUCGCUGUACGUCAUCAUGUGUCUCGUCAUCACGGGGAUGAUUUCGUACGCCGAUAUUGACGUCAACGCCCCGUUCGCCGUGGCGUUUACAAAUUUCGGCAUGUCGUGGGUCGCCUCGUUCGUCUCCGUCGGAGCGCUCGCCGCGAUCACGACGUCGCUUUUGCUGUCGAUGAUGGGACAACCACGGAUUUUCAUGGUCAUGGCGCGCGAUGGUUUGCUCCCGCCGUGGUUCUCGCGAGUUUCCGAGAGGUUCGGCACGCCCGCGAACGCGACGAUUUUCAGCGGAAUCGUCACCGGCGUCAUGGCCGUCUUGCUCGACAUCAACCUUCUCGCCCAACUCGUCUCGAUAGGGACGUUGAGCGUAUUUUGUUGCGUCAACCUCGGGAUUCUCAUCGUUCGGUGCACACCGGAAGACGCGGAUUGGUCUCGCCGAACGCCGCCGCUUCGCCGGGCGCUCGGCCUCUUGCUUUCCUCGCUCGCGUUCGGGCUUGAUUAUCGACAGCGCGGAUCCGCCGUUUCCUGGUUCGGCGUCCUCUGUCUCGCGCUCGUCGUCGUGAGUACGCUGAGUUUUCUCACCUUGCCCGUCGUCGCCAAGAGUGGAUCUCGCAAGACGUUUCGCGCGCCGAUGGUGCCGUUUUUACCCGCCGUCGGCGUCUUACUCACGUGCGUCUUAAUCGGCGGUCUAGGCGCGAUGGCUUGGAUUCGAUACAUCGUGUACACCCUGGCGUGUACCGCGGCAUACGUCACGUUCGCAUGGCGUCAAUACGAGCAUCAAAAGGCGUCGUCGUCCGCGUCGAGCGGGAUCGAGCUCGCCGAGACGGGCGCCGCGGACGCCGCGGACGCCGACGCCGACGCCGACGACGUCGCCCUCCUUCCCGCGCCCACCCAGAGUGCGCCCGCGCACCACCCACGCACGCAUAGCACGUAG